CCGCUGAGUAAUCUAUAGAUGGCAUCCCCCAGUGGAAACGACAAGGAUUUUCAAUGAUUUAAAGGCCGAGUAGACCCUAAUGCCUGUCAUUUAAGUGACUUGUUCUUCUCCUCUAUCCACUUCGAUCCAUUGCUCUGGUCAAAAUGUCCCAAAACUGGCGCCCAGGAAAGCGAGUCGCUAUCGCCGGAGGAGGCCCCGGAGCGAUCUCCACAGGCCUCGCUUUCAUGAAACGAGGGUAUGAUGUGCGUAUCUUCGAGCGGCAACCGACGUGCGAGGCGAUCGGAGGUGCGGUGCUGUUGUCAAUCCCUGUGCUCGCUAUCCUCCGCGCCUACGGACUGAAUAUGGACAACGUCGGGUCAUACACACGGACGACUUUUGCCAACAAAUGGGGCAAGGAGCGCGUCCAGCUACCCUUCAACGCCGAGGUCGAGCGACGGAUGGGAAUCAAGGGCUGGCAUUAUGGAGUGCUGCGGUCAACGAUCUUUGGGAAAAUGCUCAGCCUGGUGCCGGAAGGGGUCAUCUACACCGAUCACGAGGUAACCGGGUAUGAGGAACGGUGGGACAGCGACGACGAGAACAACAGCAGUGUGCAAGUAAAGUUUAAUAAUGGCCGCACUAUGAUGGCGGACAUCCUGGUGGCGGCGGACGGCAUUCGUUCCGCCGUGUCGCGCCAGGCGUUUGGCGAUCCUGGGCUCAUUCAUACCGGGAUCCGGGUCUGGCUGGCGUGGUGCGAUCAGAUCCCGGACGUCCCAGCACACCACGGGGUGAUUUCUCAUGACUGGCAAUACCAAGCCAGCUUUUUCCCCAUGCUGCGAGAAGGCAACAGGCCCGGGUUUGAAUGGUGGGUGGUCGAGCCGUCGGGGGAGGACAAGCCGGUGCCUGCAGAUCCCAAAGCGCACCUGACGACCGUCCUGAAGGACUGGGCACAGCCGAUGCCGCGGCUUCUCGAUUCCACCGACUUCUCAUCUCAGGUCUACCGGUGGGAGGUAUACAACCGGCCAUCUUUGCAGAAAUGGUCCACCGGGAGGGUGGUCGGCGUGGGCGAUGCGGUGCACCCGGUCUCGCCUUAUGCCGCCUAUGGAAUGGGCAUGGCGAUCGAGGAUGGCUACUACCUCGCCCGCGCGCUCGACGGCGUGGACCUGCGCGAUCAGCGAGCCGUCGCCGCAGGCUUCGAGCUGUAUGAGCAGCAGCGCGUCGAUUACGCCAACCACCAUAUGGAGUUUGCUCGCUUCUCAGGUUCCAUGUUCCACCGCCUGCCCUGGCCUCUGGCAAAAGUGCGGGACCUGAUUUUCGAUUACACACCGGUGCUGGGCAUGUUGCUGAAGAAAGACUACCUUCAGAGAGCUGAGGAGGAGACAAUGAACUUACGGGAGCUUCAGGUCGUAUGAUUCAAUCACUCAUGGCCUUGCUUGAAGCCCAAUUGGUUGAAGCUCAAUCCACUGGUUUUCCAAGUGUAUAAGUCGUUUCCCUGUCGCAGCUCACACCUCCCCUGGGGCAAGCUGAAUAGACUGACUAGUCUUUUUUUGUCUUUUUGACUGAGAAUCACAUUCAACGUGAUGUCGAACCUCAAAUAACGACUUUCGAGAUAGGAGAGGGUUGAAGAAUGUACCAUAGUACAUAAUCAUGUGAUGAUAAGGCCAAUCUCCAAGACCAUAUGCCAGAAAUAGAAAUUGGUGAAGAAAAUUCGCCUUAUCCGGUAGACGAGCCCUUAGCGUUCCUUAGCGUGAACCGGUACUCAGAUAACCCGAGCGGGGUUGCAAACUUGCAAUGGGUUUUAAUAUUGCCAUCCA